UCAUUCACCAACCAACCCACCCCAUCUCCUUUCCUGGCCCAUCGAAAGCGGAAAACAACAACCCCCCACCACCUCACGAGCAGUCGAACGGAUAUCACAUCAAACCCAGCGCGCACGAUGGCGACGGCGAUACAAGCUCUCAAGGGCGAUGCGCCGCAGCAAGUGCGGUCUCUGUACCGCCAGCUACUGAAGUCGGGCGACCAGUUCGCGGCCUAUAACUUCCGCGAGUACGCCAAGCGCCGGACGAGGGACGCCUUCCGCGAGAACCAGAACGUCCAGGACCCCCGGCAGGUGCAGGAGCUGAUCCAGAAGGGGUUGAAGGAGCUUCAGGUCUUGAAGAGACAAACGGUUGUCAGCCAGUUCUUCCAGUUUGACCGGUUAGUGGUCGAGGGCGGUGCCGCGGGCAAGCAAACAGGCAACAAGGGCGAUAUUAUCAGACAAAAAGAUCAGGGCUGGGACUAGAGAGCGAACCAAAAAUGCCGUCAGAGGCACCGUCUCGAUCCGCGCCGGGUGGAACCAAGAGUCGGACGUUGUAUUAUAUCAUGCUGCGGAGAAGACGAGGCACGAGGGGAGGAAUGUAUACACCACAACCAUGCUAGGCGAAACCAAAGA